GCUUGGGGGGGGGGUUGGACUAGAUGACCUCCAAGCUCCCUCUUCCAACUCUGUUAUUACUCUGUAUUAAAUCUAUUUGCUGGCUUUCGGCCAUUAAAAAAAAAAAAAAACCGAGACGAAGUGCUGCCACCGUGUGGCCGAAGCCGCGCAGCGCGCGCGAUGGAGAGAGCGCUUUUCCCUCCGUGCCUUUGGAGAUCGGAGGCAGCCGAGAUGGUUUCUCCAGACCUGGGAGGCGUCUCCUCCGAUUGUCUGCCUCCAGCAGAGCCCUCCUGCUGCCCCCCCAGGGACGAAAGAGGGAGCCCGAAGCGCCUCCUCUGGGCCUGAUCUUCAUGGGGGAGUUUAAGCCCCUCUCCUCUGCAGGGAGAAGGGACACGGCAAGUCUUUCGAUGCAGGUGUGAGAUUCUUCUCCUUUUUUUCCCCCCCUUCCCCUUUUUUUCUUCUCCUCGAUUCUGGUCACGUCGCCUGCUUGGUCUCCAUGCCAGCAAGACCCCCAGGCCCUAAAUCUUGGCAUGGGACGCCUCUGGAUGCGGGAAGGCGCCUCCUUCGAAAAUGGGGAAUAAGCAAACCAUCUUUACGGAUGAACAAUUAGACGCCUAUCAGGAUUGUACCUUCUUCACACGAAAGGAGAUCCUCAGGUUGCACGGCCGUUAUCAAGAACUGGCACCAAACAUGGUUCCCAUGGAUUAUACCAAGAAUCCAGAUGUUAAACUCCCUCUGCAGCUCAUAGAAAACAUGCCGGAAUUAAAGGAAAAUCCCUUCAGGCAGAGAAUAGUCCACGCUUUCGCAGAGGACGCAGAAGGGAACCUCAGCUUUAACGAUUUUGUCGACAUGUUUUCUGUACUGAGUGAAAUGGCUCCCCGGGAACUGAAAGCAAUUUAUGCCUUUAAGAUUUACGAUUUCAACACCGACAACUUCAUUUGCAAAUCCGACCUGGAGCAGACCCUGAACAAGCUAACCAAGGAGGAGCUGACGGAGGAGGAGGUCAGCCUGGUGUGCGAGAAGGUCAUCGAAGAAGCAGACAUGGAUGGCGACGGGAAGCUUGGAUUCUCGGAUUUCGAGAACAUGAUUUCCAAAGCUCCGGAUUUUCUCAGCACCUUCCACAUACGAAUCUGAAACCCAUGGGGCUGAGCCGCCCGAAGCCAGGCUGGCUGAUGUCUUGCUGGCUUCCUUCUCCUCCUUUCUCGGAUGCUGCAGCAAAGGUCUCGCGGGAUCCUGGCCCAGCUGAUGAAGGACCAUUUCCCAAGAUCUUUGGAAUAUACCUGGAUUAUUAUUCUUAUUCUUAUUACUAACUCGGUUUUUAUUUUUUUAAAAAAAAACGACAACACCCCACAACGUAGGCCUGUCGCCUCUUGGGACACACCUUGCUGGACUGUGAUUUUUUUUAAAAAAACGGGGUCACCCCCCGAGUCGUCCGUGGGGUUCUCUUGUCAUUUUUUAUACGUGUCUUGUCCUCCUAGCCCUCUAAGCAAAAAGAAAACAACAAAGGGCAACUUCGACGAGAUUUCGAAUCUCCCCGAAAGGACUUGAUCCAACCGAAGCACUGGAACUCCCAAGAGAAGGAGGUGCCCUGAUUUUAAAAGCCAGGCGACCCUUCCCUGCUGGAUUCGUGCAGCAGAAAAAACAAAAACAAAACGCCUGGAGCCCAGAACGAGGCGUUUCAUCCACCGAGGAGGCGUUGGGUGAAGGCUUUUUUCCUUAAUGAAACUUGAAAUACAUCGUCCUCCUCUUUCUCGUUCCUCCUGCCCCCCCCCCAAGACAUUUUGCAUUAGCAAAUCAAUGCCUCUCCCACAAAACCCUCGGUGGGCAUUCUGGCCUCCUCUCAUAUCCUGAUUGCAUUAAGCUGACCGAUUGCAAAAAAAAUAAUAAUAAACGAAGGAACGAAACAAAGGAAUGAAAUCAAAAGUAGGAACAACACAAAACACGAACCCUACACCUUUCGCCAACCCCCGGGGGAAGCCGCCUAAAGCAAUUCUCCCCCCCUCCGCCAUUGGAUGCGUGACCCGCCGUGAUUUCUCUCCGAAACCAGCUGCAUUUCGUAUUUUAUUUGAUUUUAUUUCGGUUUGGGUCCUCGGCUAAUCGAAGCUAAGCAUGAUGACAAUCAUAUCUCGCCACGGUUUUUUCACACAAUCUCCUGGAAGGGCUUCUGCUACCUAUUGUGUGGCUUCUGUAAAUUACCCAAGAAUUAAAACGUUGGCUGGUUUUACUGACA